AUGUCAGAAGCAGCCAAUAAUGAAAGACUUAGCAUAUAUAUAGAUGAUGCAAUCUCUACGAUAUUAGAAGUCAAACUUAAUAGAAUUGUUCCACCUACUUUACAAACAAUGGUCAAUAAUAAAUUCAAUGAAGCGCCAACAUGGUUUACGUCGGAGAUGAAUAAUAUCAAGUCUGGCCUUACCGAUUAG